AUGCUCUCCGCUACGCAGUUCGCCUACCCUACCCUCACACAGACACGAUUGAACUCUACCGAUGAAGGUCCACGAAUUCCCAUCAGAUAUGUUGAGUCUGUCUCUCCAAAAGCCUCACCGGACCAGACCCGCCUGGACCGAGGCGAGCGCCGCCGUCAGCAUAUCAGCGACGGCCCCGUACCGAAAACCACCCUUUACGUCGGCAACCUCUUCUUCGACGUGACCGCCGAGGACCUGCGCAAGCAGUUUGAGAAAUACGGUGCCGUGGAGAACGCAAUCAUCGUCCACGAUGCCCGCGGUCUGAGCAAGGGUUUCGGUUACGUUACCUUCAGCACCGUCCAAGAAGCCACCGAAGCCAUCACACAGCAGCACGGAGGCAUUAUGGAAGGCCGCGAGGUUGUCGUUCAAUUCUCCAACACGACAUACCGCUCCAUGGCCGACCAGAAGCCCAGCAGGACCCUGUACAUCGGCAACGUACCCUACGAAUUGACCGACCAGGAUCUGCAAGAUCUAUUCGAUGAUAUCCCAGGUGUCACGGACGUCCGCAUCCCCGUCGACCGUCGCACAGGCUUGCCCCGUGGCUUCGGACACAUCGACUUCAAGGACCAGCCUAGCGCUUCCCACGCCAAGGAGGUCCUCUCCCGCAAGGCGCCGUACGGCCGCAAGUUGGCUGUCAGCUUUGCUAAGCGUAAGGUCUUGAGCCCUGAGGAUCAUCUGCGUCACCAGCAGAAGAAGUUGGAGAGGAAGAAUUCUCCCCGUACCUCCGGUGUGAAUGAGGUGCGCGGAGUGCGCGAGGUGAACGAGCUUGGUCAGGCUGAGCAGAAGGAGGCUGAGUCCGUUCAGGAGAAGACUGACGAGCAGAAGCAAUAG